UUCCUUUUUGUAAUGCAGAACAGCUUUCUGUGUUUGUUAAUUAGAAGGUAAAGUAAAAUUAUUUGUAGCUGAAGGAGAAAAAACUGGUUAGGUAAUUGCAAGCUCUUUGUCUGGUUUAGCUGUUUGGGAUCCGAAAGAAUCGGUUCUCAUUGAUUACCUGAACCAAAUGAUUUGACUCACUGGAAUUCCCAUCACAAGUUCAGAGUCUUCUUUAUACAAGUGUGUGGGGGUGAAGGUUUGCUCGAUAUCUAAACUUUAUACGUGUGGAGCUCUCAGUUCUCCAGUGUAAAGGAGAUCAGAACAGCAGAGAGGACUCAGAACAGCGUUAAACAGUGUUUAAACAAUGGCCACGCGCAUCAGACCGAGCAGCAAAAGAUGUGCUGUCAUUGGCGGCUCUGGCUUUUUGGGAAGGCACCUUGUUGAACGUCUGGUGGAGAGAGGCUACUCAGUGGCUGUGUUUGAUAUUGCACAGAGAUACGAGAUUCCCGGAGUCACAUUUCAUCAAGGAGACUUGUGUAACAAACAGGAUUUGCUCAAAGUUUUGAAGGAUGUGUCACUGGUGUUUCACUGCGCUUCUCCUGCACCAGGCUGCGAUGAUCGGAAUCUCUUCUGGAGAGUAAACGUUGAAGGCACACGCACUGUUAUCCAGGCUUGCCAACAGGCUGGAGUGCAGAAACUCGUCCUAACCAGCAGUGCCAGUGUGGUGUUUGAAGGAACUGACAUCAAGAAUGGAAAAGAAGACUUGCCUUAUGCAAAAAAACCUAUUGAUUACUACACAGAGACCAAAAUUAAACAGGAAAAGUUAGUCUUGGAGGCAUGCAGUAAAGAAAAAGAUUUUCUCACUGUGGCAAUUCGUCCUCAUGGGAUCUUUGGUCCACGAGACCCCCAGCUCGUUCCCAUCCUUGUUGACACAGCACGCAAAGGCAAGAUGAAGUUCAUCAUUGGAGAUGGUACUAACUUGGUGGACUUCACCUAUGUGGAUAAUGUAGUGCAUGGUCACAUCCUAGCUGCUGAGCAUCUGAGACCAGACUCCCCACUUUGUGGAAAGGCAUACCACAUAACCAACGAUGAGCCGAUCCGUUUUUGGGAUUUCAUGUCCCAGAUGCUGGUCGGUUUAGGCUACGAUGCCCCUCGCUACCACCUGCCCUACUCUCUUGUAUAUGGCAUAGCCAUGCUGCUGUGGGUAAUUACCUUUCUCCUAAGUCCUCUGGUGAACAUCAAGCCCACCUUCACCCCCAUGCGUGUCGCACUGGCCGGCACUCAUCACUACUACAGCUGCUCCCGUGCCAAGCAGGACAUGGGCUACCAGCCAGUGGUGAAGCUGCAAGAAGCCAUAGCUCGAACUGUGGCCAGCUACCCACAUCUGAAAAAAGGAGUCUAAUGUUUUGCUGAAGUGGACAGUGUGGAUCAGAUUUUGGUUAAUUUUGCUCUCUGUGGGAGAAAAAUAACUCAGAUUGAAGCAGUCUAAAUGUAAACAAUCAAUACCAUUUAACCUCAGGAAAUGUUGCUAAUGGUUUAUAGCAUUAGAGCCAUAACAAAACAUUGUUUUUCUAUAGCAGAACAUCCCAAAGUUAGCCAGUUUUUUUCUCAGUUUGUCGUUACAUUUAUUGUUGUGAAACAUGUUCAUUUUAUCACUUGCAGUGUAACAGCUGUGCACAGCUACAUUUCUUUUCUCUUCUUUCUAUAAAUAAAAUUAAAUAAAUAUGUCCCCAAAUUAACGAGUGAUUGAGUUACAGCAGACACUAUUGACAGAGUAGAUGUUAUAGAAAAUAAAUGAAUGCCUUCUAAUCA